AUGGUGAUGGCUGGUAACAUGUCCGAUGGUAGUCAAUGCCUCUCUUUAAGUAGACGAGUGUCUCCUUGGAGAAGCUGGGCUACUGUCCAGUGAGGCCAAGAGAAUGUGAAAGUGGUAAAACUAGCCAAUGGUGUGUCCUCUAGCCAAGUGUUGUACCAGGCACUUAUCGCGCCUCGCUUUACUCGCCAAUGAAUAAGGGGCACCAUCUCUAACCAAUGUCGCUGCCAGUCUGCCCAUCGUUUGACUCCUUUGAUGUCACCCGGCUGUCGAGCCCACUCACCAUAUUUGGUUGAGACAAAAAAGCCUAGCACCGAUGGUGUGGUCCUCAUCCUCCAAAUGAGUUUUUUUUGAAGAAUGUUUAGUGCAUCUUUAAGGCGUCAAAUACUUAGGCCACCCUCAUCCGUAGGUUGACUUGCUUUCUCCCAAGAAAUUGACGUUGGCGACGAGGUCCCUUAAGUUGUCCAUCGCAAAAGAACGACGUGCAUAGCCAUCUAAUAGUCUGUAAGACAGUGUCUCGUACCUCAUGGACUUCCAAAAGGUGUAAUGCCAUGCUCAAAAGGACAUGGCGUAUCAACUGAAUCCGUCCUCCAGGGGAUAGAAGCUGUAACUUUCAUCCUGCUAAAUUCUUCCUCAACUUGCCCACUAGGGCGUCAAAAUAGUGUAUGCGCUUACGGCCGAGGAAGAUAGGACAUUUUAGAUAGUCAAACGGUAAGUGUCCACGAGAGAACCCUGUUAGGCCCUGGAUGCGUCGUUUGGUCCCUAUGGGGGUAGAAAGACCUACCAUACCUACUCUUCGAGGCAUUUACGAGUUGACCUGCAGCUCGCUCAUACCUCGAGAUAAUACUGAUGAGCCCUCUAAUGGAUGUCUCACAUCCAUUGAGCAAGAGUAUCGCAUCAUCAGCAAAGAGGGAGUGUGAGAUGAUCGGACAACCCCUCUUCUCGACUAGCACCUCCAUAGAGUAUGGUCUAGUCCAAAAGAGCCGAAUAUGAUUCGUGGGGUUGGAGUGAAAAUAAUUCAUAUGUAAUCGCCUAAGUAAAGGUUGGAUACGAUCUGAUGAUAUCAUAGGCUCAAUAAGACCUACUAUACAUAGUCGAUACUGUCUGAUAAUGCUAGCUAUAUAGAAUUGAGUUUCGAGGUUACUUAUACCUCGACAAUUCCAUAUGAUGCUAGGUAUCAUGAUCAAAUGAGUGGCCCCACGAGUCCAAGAUCUCGUGGAGUAAGGUUAGCGUCUAGUGAGUCGUGUGGUCGUAACCUCCGUCUGAUAUCGCUAAUCUAGGUAGGUAGUCUCAAUGUCAGUUUCAGAUCCACCAUCCUCAUGAGUACUAGUCGUGUGACCACUAGUAUCAUGAGCAUUAGAUGAGGAGGAUGGGUGCAGUGCUUGAUCUGGCGGGUGGUGGAUCAAGUAUAGGGAACUGAUCUGGCGAGUUUAGUGGGGGAGAGGGAGGGAGGGUAUAAGAAUCAGAACGGGGGGUUACGUAAAAUGUACAAAUAGGAAGUUUGCUGGGGGAAGGCCCUUUUAGUAGAUCCUCGACGGAGAUUUGAGGGGGAUGGGUAGUGCCCAAGCCGAUACCCUUAGAGAAAGGGGUAGACCUCAGUCGGUGGGGACUAAGAGGUGAAGGGCUCCUGCUAUGUGGGGAAGAGUGAAUGGGCGGCGAGGAGCUGGGUGGUGGAGAGACACUAAUGGGUCGAGUGGGGUGGGUGAGUAUGGGGGGUCGGAUAGCCUGGAGGGAUCUCUUGUAGUUGGGGAUGCUUGCCCUUUGGAAGGCCUAGUUCUCCUCUGUGGAAGUCCCUCAAAGUCCCUCGAAGGUGUUUGAGGUUAAGGGUUUUCUUUCCCUUUCCUAAAGGGGAGUGUGUAGCCUCUUGUGUUCCUUUCUUGCCCCCUCUAUGGAUGGAAGAAGGGCGUCUAGCUGCCGGCUUUUGCCAUGCAUGCUAUGUCUCAAUCGAUGAACUAGGCUUCUCCUGUGCCUUCCAAGGUAAGGAAGGUAGAGCCGCCAUAGGGGGAAUUGACUUCUGAGCAUGAUGACAACUGUGAGCAUGAUAUGAGAUCGGUACUAAAAAGUACAAUGUGUGGCCGCUUGUGUUGUCGCUUGUGGUGUCCCCUCCGAUUCUGGCCUCACGAAGACGCCAGCUGAUGUCGAAUCACGGACGUCCGUGGUUCGACCGUUCAGCUCAUUUACGGCCGUCUCCUCGGUCACAUAAACCGGCGGAGAGAGAAGGCGAGGACAGGAGGCCACUAUUUCCAUGUGUCGGCCUUCUGUUCGCUCACAUUCGUCUGGCGAGUUUUCGUCUGGGUGACGGAGGUCACCUGAUUAAAUCUGUGAGCUACUCAACAACUAAGCAUCAAAUAAAAAUUAUAUAGCAGAGAAAAUGGUAAACGAGGCAAAUACACUUCUAUUGAACUAAAAAGUUCAGUGACGGAGGCCCGUGAUGGCGACGAAAUAGAAAAAAGUUCAGAAAAUGCGGGUUUUUACUAAUUAGAUAUUUGAAUAACGUUUCUGAAUAAUAACAAAUAAUUCAGCUAGUAAUGAAAAUAUGGUUUCUUGAUCUUAAACCUGUGCAAGCAACAGAAUACGGAGGAACUGAUGAAGUUCUGAACUCUAGCAGGGCGUGAAUGAUGCGUUAGUAUACUAAUAUAAACAGAUUUAUCUUGUGACGUUUUACACUUUCAAUAAAACCUUAACUUUGUCCGAUUCAAACUGAUGCCGCAAUAAUGCAGAAGAUAAAGAAGAUAUCGGCUUGAAUCCGAAACAUUGUAAUCUUGGGGACAAAACUGAUCGAGAAACUUACCUGUAUUGCCAAUAUAUGCAAAAUGACAAAACCUAAAUAAAGUUCUAACUCUAAUGUAUAGUUAGUAAAAAAAGGAGAUGAAAACAGUGAAAACUAAAACAACUGUGCAAAAGAAUAAUCAUGAUAAAUUAAGACUUUUUAUCACCAGUUCCAAUGCACAAAGGAACUUAGAAAAGAAGGGCUAUAGCAAUAUAAAGCAGGAUAGGAAACCCAGACGUAAAUAAACUAUGAACAACAGUUUAUUUUUAAGUCGUCUUAUGAAGGUCUGUACCAAGUGGUGUCACACAGAAGUAUGACAGAGUACAAGUAACUCUAAAUGGGCUUCAAACAAAGACUCUGAAUAAAAGCUGACAAACUUGCAAUAGACUUUGACAACGAGAUAUACUGAACAAAUCUUGCCUACAGAUUUGGACCUGCUGAAAUCCAAAGCUGAUCUAAGCUAUGGACUCUGGCAGUCAGAAAUCAAAAGCAGAUCAUACAGACAGACUUUGACACUUACAGAGCCUGAACCAAAAACCACAUUAACCACCUUCUAAGAUUAUCUUCUGUGGACAAUACGAUUUUAUUCUUUGUACCACAAACCCUAUAGUGACGAAUAAGUGCUUCUUUUCAGUGCUAUUUCAAUCUCUAUUAGGCUACAUCAAUCUCUAUUUUCUCAAGAUAACUCGACCAUCUCUGUUAGUAUGGUUCAGUCUAUAACAAAGAUUUCUUCAGGAUCUCUGAUUGUCAGAGUCUGCUUUUGGUCAUGUCAGAGUAUUUUAAGUCUGUCGGUCAAAAUUAUUUGUCAGUCAUUUCUGGAUCCCUCUUUCUUGUGGAAGAUAAGAGCUUUUAUGGUUUCAAGCCCAUAUCUUGUUUAUCUGCUGCAUUACUGUUGCAUCAGUUGGUAUUCAAUGAGGAAUGGAAGCUCCGUGA